GGUUGGUUUAGUCAGGGAUCCUCCAGUUCUAUCACUGGCUCAGACUUGGUCUCCAUGGAUUCCGAUGGUGGGGACAGAGACAGAAUAUCCUCUGAAAAAUGGAGCCUUUUUGGACCCAGAGCUGUCCAGAAAUCCACUAAUGACCCAGGGGCCUUUACCAUCCAGUCCUAUAAGGGUGCCCAGAAGCCAUCCCCAAUGGAGCUGAUCCGUGCCCAGGCCACCAGGAUGGCAGAGGACCCAGCUACCUUCAAACCACCCAAGAUGGACAUUCCUGUUAUGGAGGGGAAGAAACAGUCAGCACGGUCCCAUAACCUCAAACCCCGGGAUAUGAAUGUGCUCACUCCCACGGGAUUCUAGGAAUAUCGUUGCCUCCAAGGAAGGAUGCUCUUGGUGUCUUCAUAAUGGAUUAAAGGGUGGUUUUGGGUAUGCUUCCCCAUCCCACUUGACUUUCCUAGGUAACUGUGCAGGAUUUCUUUCUUCCAUGUCAGAGCACCGACGAGACAGAAACAAGAUCUGGAAAACAACCGUCACUACUUCUGGAGCGCAGCCUCAAUCUCCUGCUUUUUUUUAGAAAGUUUCUGUAAUAGCACCAAGUCCAUAUCAACCGACCUGUAUCCGCUGCAGUCCUAUUUAUCUGUACAGCAAGAUUCCACUGGGAGAUGUGUGCUGGUCUAAAACCUGAAAAUCCACACCGUGUUGGGAGACCUCUUCCUGAGCAUCUUGCUGUGCGGAGUGGGCUGUCCUGCCUAGCUAUGUUCUAGGCUUCUACUUCUCCUCCGCUCAGGGCCCUGGACAAGUUGCCAGAAGGACAUGCUUCUCUCUAGGAUCUAGACAACACCAGCAGCCGGUGGUCUUGUGCUAGAGACCAAAAACCUCCAGCCAAGCCUGUCAAGAACUGGAGCAUUCACUGACGUUCUCUAUCAAGAUUCCCUUACAUAACCAUGUAGCUCCCCUGCUCUGCAAUGUCAGUUUAUAGUACCACAUCUAGUGUUUUUCUUUUUGGGUUUCUUUGUUAAAAGGGUAAUUGGUCCAUGAACAGUGACCAUUCUAAAGAUCAGCCCUUAGUGUUAAAUUCUGCUGUGCGGUUCUGUACUGGUGCUUGGUGGCAGGGGGGAAACCUUUACUUCUGCUGUCAAAGGGCUUCAUUUUCCAGUGGGCCCAGAGGAAGAAAUGACCAGAGCUAGUGUGGCUUGAACUAAACCCUUCAUUCUCUUCUCAGAUCUUUGCAUGGUAACCCCAUUCUGCUGCUUUCAGUGGGGAGCACAAAUGGAACGACAGUUGAUGUGGCACUGUGUCUCGGAGUUCUAGUUGUAUCUUGUAAGAGGUAUGUGUGGAGGGGAUGUAGCAGUUAGAGAAAGGGACGUGGACAAUCCCUUUUCUGUAGGAUCUUUAUUUCUCAACAUCAGAUUCAUGCUUGCAGGCAUUGAGGGGGACUAAGGGAGAAUUGAAUCUUAAACAUUCCUCCUGUGCUCUGGUAAGACUUAAGAUUUUUCUUAGCCUAGAUUUAUACACCUUCAUGGGAAACAGUCAACACACACCUUCACGUCUCUUCCUCCACAGAAGUGGGGAAGAAGCUUUUUAAGUAGCCUCUAAUUCACCAAGCAGUGGAAGGCGGCUUAGUGUGAAAUCUCCAUACCUGCCCUGUGGCAAACUGGUCACUCCGGAUUCCUUUAGAUUCCUUGACAGGUACUGGCCUGAACUUUACCCUUUCCGUAGUCAUCACUGUAGCAGUCAGAUGGCAUGUAAGGCCCAGUCUUGUUGCAGCCAGUGUUAAAAGCCUCUUAUACUGAAAUCUCUUUCCUUGGAGCUCCAAAGAGAGGCUAUGUCCUGACCGCACUGCAGUGCUUAGCUUAUGUCCCCCCUUGAGGAAGCAUGGUUUGUAGCACAGCUUCAUUUCAAACUUCAUCACUAAUGGCAACACCAGUCACAUAGGUGUUGCAUUGAUAGCACCAAGGACUCCUACCCUAGUAAUCAGUUGUCAUUAUGGAUUGGAAGUGUGUAUGAUCAGUGGUAAUCAGACUUCUUUGACUUCCAUUAAUUUAUUUGUGCUGUUUGUGCUCAUGUUGUAGUUUUUUUUUGUUUUUUUUUUAAAUGUGUCUAACU